CUCUGACAGAACCGUUAAAGCGUUAACCUUGAAAUCUUUUAUCCUUACAGAAACCAAGCCCGUCAGGCAUGACGGAUUUAUGGAUUAUCACAUUUUCCCUGCGGGUUUUGCGGAAGAAAAACGUGCAGGCCACCAGCUAAAAAUAUGUAAAAGAGUCGCCUUGAACAAGUUCAUUUACAUUCCAAAACCCCGUUCAAUCGUACAACAUGACCUCAGCUGGUACACUGAUCUGGAUUUCAGUGCGCCCAUUGUUACGAUUAAUACUAUGCAGUGCUUGUGGCUUCGUCAUUACCAAGGCUGAUUUAUUUCCGACGGUUGCUGCACAAAGUCUGGGACAAAUCAUCCUGAAUAUAACUCUACCGUCCCUGAUGUUCUCGAAGAUGGUGCCGGCUUUCACUUCAGAUAAUAUCAGUGCUCUAGGCCCUUUGGUUUUGGUGGCCAGCAUCUAUAGUAUAAUUGGUAUUGUAAUGGCUUGGAUCACCAAACAAUUCUUCUGGGUCCCUCACCGAUUCAGAUACGGUAUAUUGGUAGCUGGGGGAUGGGGGAAUGUUGGAGACAUCCCCACGUCUGCGAUCAUGAGCAUAACAGGCUCUGCACCUUUCGACGGAACCCACGAUCAGACGCUUGCCGUAGCGUAUAUAUCGGUCUUCAUUUUGGUCUACAUGAUGUCUCUCUUUCCCAUGGGUGGGCACCUGUGGGUUGCGAAAGACUUCGUGGGGCCCGAUGUCGAAGCGGCUGAAGUGCGGGAAGCCAUGCGUCUGAAAAGACGUGCCAUGUUUUUUGGGCUAUGUAGGCCCUCUGUGCGUCAGGAUAAGCAAAAGGACCCGGAAGUCCAAGUACCAUGUCAAGAGCCAGAGCCAAAGCCGGUCGAUUCUGAAGAGACGGGCUUCAUAAACGGACAUGGUCCUCGAGCUCGGCACUUCAGACACGUCUCUUUCCAUGAAGACGCAGCCACUGCGACUCCCGCUCCCACCGACGGUGUAACUUCACAAGCUCCUACCGAAAAAUUAACCUCACCAACACCCACCGUGACUGCGCCUCUAGAUAAUCAGGAAUGCAAGAAUCGAGAACCAUCUACACCAUUGUCUCCUGGGAUAUCUGAUAGCAUCUUCCAACGAAAUCCACGCCUUCGCAAAAUUUUCUUCUCAAUCAGAACCGUGGCCAAGUCCAUGUUGACACCUGCUUCCCUCGCUAUCCUCAUCGCGUUUCCGAUCGCACUCAUACCGCCAAUAAAAGGACUCUUUGUAUUGACACCGGGAGCCAAUAUACCGAACGCUCCAGACAAUCAGCCUCCGUUAGCGUUCAUAUUAGACUUUACGCAGUUCAUGGGAGCAGCCUCUGUCCCUCUGGGUCUUAUCGGUUUAGGUUCUGCGCUCGCAAGGCUACAUGUCCCGAGAGCUCAGUGGAGAACUCUCCCUCUCGGUGCCAUCUUCAGUCUGGCGAUCGGGAAAAUGCUGAUCUCCCCGGUGUUGGGUGUUUUAAUUACGCAGGGGCUGGUGAGUGUUGGCCUAAUAGAUCGCAAUGAUAAAGUGUUGCGAUUCGUCUGCAUGUUCUUUUCCUGCCUCCCUACAGCCACGACCCAGGUAUUUUUGACCCAAGUCUAUAGCGGAACAGGAAGUGCGGAAUCCCUUUCACCGUUUCUAAUUCCUCAGUACAUUCUCAUGCUAUUUUCCAUGUCUGGAUUAACAGCCUACGCGCUACAGUCCAUAAUGUGAUUCUAUCAUUCAGCGAUGCCUCCAAGUUGAUGCCAUGUUCAGACUGUAUCCCCGAGUCCAGUACAUGUACGAGUAGAGUUUUGAGAUGAUAGAUAUUCUAUAGACCUUUAGUUUCACAAAAUCCUGGUUUCAAGAUACCUCCGGACGAUCGACCAUCUCACCGGG